AUGCCUGAGCCAAUCGUCACCCCCGCAGCGCCCGCUGCCCCUACCUCCACGUCCAAGAUGGCCAACUCGCCUCUUAACAUCGAGUCCGUCUUCGCGGCGCUCGACCUGCCCGCUCCCGGCUCGCGCAUCGAAGGCGUGUUCGACGGCACCUCCUGGUCGCACGGCCAGUCCACCUCCUCCACGCUCACCUCGACCAACCCCGCCACCGGUGCCACGCUUGCUACGGUCACCUCGGCCACACCUGCCCAAGUCUCCUCGGUCCUCGCUGCCGCCCGCACCGCCCAGCGCACCUUUGCCGCCCUCCCUGCGCCAAAUCGCGGUGCGAUCAUGAAGGACAUCUGCUCGGCCUACAUCGCGCACAAGGACGCCCUCGGGGCGCUCAUCUCGUUCGAAAUGGGCAAGGUUCUCUCCGAAGGUCGGGGUGAGGUGCAGGAAGUGAUCGAUGUGGCAGAUAUGGCGGUGGGUCUGUCGCGCAGCAUCGUAGGUAACGUCCUCCCUUCCGAGCGACCGGGCCAUGUGAUCUAUGAGAUCCCCAAUCCCCUCGGUCUGGUGGGUGUCAUUACCGCGUUCAACUUCCCCGUUGCCGUGCAUGGCUGGAACUUCUGUCUCAGCUUCAUCGCCGGUAAUGCGACGGUGUGGAAGCCCUCCCCGACUACGCCGCUGACCGCGAUCGCCACGACAAAGUUGAUCGUCAAGGUGCUCCAGAAGCAUGGGUUGCCGGGUGCACUGGUCGGACUGGUCUGCGGAGAUGUCGAGACGGGUCAGAGUCUCACCCGCGAUGACAGGGUGCAGUUGACCAGCUUUACGGGUUCCGAGAAGAUCGGCAAGAUCGUUGCCCAGGACGUGGCGGGGAGGUUGGGCAAGAUUCUGCUGGAGUUGGGAGGGAACAACGCAGCGAUCGUGCUGGACGAUGCGGAUCUCGAGCUGGCCGUUACUGGUGUGGCGUUUGCUGCGGUGGGUACGGCUGGUCAGAGGUGUACGACGACGAGGAGGCUGUUGUUGCAGCGCGGCAUUGCGGAUCGGUUCUGCGAAAGACUGGUCAAGUUCUAUCAGAGUCUGCAGACCAAGGGUCUGAUUGGGGAUCCUACGCAGAGUGGUAUUCUAUGUGGUCCGCUGCAUUCCAAGGCUGCAGUGGAGAAGUACUGGGAGACGCUGGACAGCAUCCGUUCGAGCGGUGGCAAGGUUCUUUUCGGACCCGAAUCGCCAUCUGCUACUGGGCUGCCUACGCACCUUGAGGGGAAGGGCAACUACGUGUUGCCCGCCAUCACCAUGCCUUCCUCCUCCACCUCGGCCGUUUUCGACGAAGAGGUCUUUGCUCCCAUCCUCAACAUUGCCGUCUUUGACACGCUCGACGAGGCCAUCGCGCUCAACAAUUCCGUUCGUCAAGGUUUGAGCUCCAGCCUGUUCACCUCGGCCCUGACCAACAUUGGCGCCUGGCAGGGCGCGCUCGGUAGCGACUGCGGCAUUGUCAAUGUCAAUGUCAGCACGAGUGGUGCCGAGGUGGGUGCCGGGUUUGGGGGCAAUAAGGCGACCGGUUGGGGUAGGGAGUGCGGUGGUGAUGCGUGGAAGCAGUACUGCAGGUGGGCGACGAGUACGGUCAACUACAGUGGGAAGGUGGCGCUUGCUCAGGGUGUAACGUUUGAUGCUUAA